AUGACGGUGCUGAUACGGUCGGACAACGCGUCGCUUGUGACCCCCGCUGCCAAGCCCAAGCCCCGCUACACCACGUUCGCCAGUGUCAUGAAUGAAAUGGACGAGGCCAAGCAGAGACUGCAAGACCCACCGUCUGCAAUGCCGGGCUCGGCGUCCUUCCGGUCGAAACUCUUCUUCUCGUACGCGAACCCGAUGAUGAGCGCCGGCAACACGCGCCAGCUCGACAACGAUGAUCUGUGGGAGCUUGAGGGCGAGAAUCGGUCGGCUGAGGCGUUCCAAGAGUUCGUGGUGCACUACGAACACCACGACAAGUCGAUCGUCAAGGCGAUGGUGGCCACCUACGGAGGGCGGUUCCUGCUCUGCGGACUAGCGAUGCUCUUCUCCACCACCUGCAACGUGUUUGCCCCCGCUGUGCUCCACCACGUCGUCACUGUGUUCGCAGCACCGACGAUCGGCAUGAACGACUUGAGCGUGUGGCUCGGUGUCCUUUUCGCGUCUCGAGUCGCCAACGCGCUCGUGUCGUCUCAGGUGCGACUCUACCUCGAGCUGAUCGCGCUGCGACUGACGGUGACGCUCAAGGCGCUGCUGUUCAGGAAGGCCAUGCGUCGGAGCAUCCAGAGCAAGGGCGACGCCAACGCUGUGGACAUCUCAAAUCUCUUUUCCUCGGACGUUGAUAGCGUUCUGUGGGCAGCGUAUGGCAUCAACAAUCUGUGGAUCACGCCCCUCCAGAUCAUCGUGGUGGUCUUCAUGCUGUACUACGUCAUCGGCCUCGCUGCGUUCGCAGGUCUCGCAGUCAUCGGUGCCUCCAUGUUGGCAAGCUUCUUCAUCGCCAAAGCGUCAGGCAGUGCGUUUGUCGGCAUCAUAAUGUGCAAGGACGACCGCAUGAAGACGAUCAAGAGUGCGGUCAACAUUUUCGUGCUGUGGGCAUCUCCGUUGGCGGUGUCGGCUGUUUCGUUCGCAGUGUAUGCUGUGGUGAUGGAGCAAGAGCUGACUGCAGCGAAAGUUUUCACGGCCAUCGCGCUCUUCAACAUGCUUCGCGACCCGCUUCGAGAUUUGCCAACAGUUAUUCAAUCUUUCAUCCAAGCCCAGGUCUCGAUCAACCGAUUUGGGGACUACCUGUCGUUUGAGGAGUUCGACCCGACCAACGUUACUCGAGAUGACCCCCGGCAGCCGCAGAAUGUCGUGAUAGCCAUUGAAAAUGGCACCUUCGGCUGGAUGAAAAGGACAGCAAUUCUAAAAGACGUGAACAUUACGGUCCAGAAGGGAGAUCUGGUCAUUGUGCACGGCACCGUCGGAAGUGGCAAGUCGUCGCUGUGCUCUGCGCUGCUGGGCGAAAUGGACAGGCUGGCGGGCAGCGUGUUCGAGACGUGGAUCCAGAACAUGACUAUCCGCGAGAAUAUUCUCUUCGGGCUCCCGUACAACACGAAGAAGUACUCGCGCGUGAUCUCGGCUUGUGGGUUGCUGCCGGACUUGAAACAAUUCCCUGGCGGCGACGCGACUGAGAUCGGCCAAAAGGGAGUGAAUAUUUCAGGAGGCCAGAAGGCUCGCGUUUGCCUCGCUCGAGCGUGCUACUCGGACGCCGACAUCUUGUUGCUUGACUCGCCACUGGCUGCUGUAGACGCGAUCGUGCAGAGUCAGAUCUUCAGUGAGUGCAUUUGUAACUUGCUGGCGGACACGACGGUGGUACUGGUGAUGCACAGCGCCGACAUCAUCGCGAGCGAGGCUGCGAACAUGAAGGUGUUGGUGGAAGGCGGGAAGAUAACAGCUACUCGCCACAAUGUUACUUUGUCGCGGCGCUCAUACACGCUGUCAGUGUCACCACGUUCUGGAAAGGGCGACGAUGCAGCGAACAAUCCAGGCGAGGAUAAGGAUGCUGGUCGAUUGAUCGACGACGAAGAACGUGAGGAAGGUCGGGUGUCCAAGGAGGUGUUCUUGAACUACUUCAACUCGAUUGGUGGUGUCAAGAUCUGCGUCUUCCUCUUCGCGGUGCAGACACUGUGGCAGAGUUUCCAGAUCGGGAGUGACUUGUGGCUGAGCCACUGGACUGGGCAGAAGAACGGUUCGUACAACAAAGACGAAACAGCUUACAACAUGAAAGUGUACGCGUCGUUGGGAGCUGGGGCUGCUAUCAUGGUGCUCGUUCGCUCCGCUACGGUGGCGAUUGUGGGGCUUCGAGGUUCCCGUCUCCUGUUCGACAAGAUGACGCUGUCGUUGCUGAGAGCUCCGCUGCGCUUCUUCGACGCGAACCCCAUCGGCCGCAUCGUGAACCGGUACGGCGACGACAUUAUGGCGGUGGAUUUCCCGAUCCCCUUUUUAUUUGGAGGUUUCCUCGCCACCUUCUUCUUCACGGUUUGCCAGCUCGCUACUGCAGUAUACAUGAUGAACGUUUUGGGCGCUCUGAUCAUCCCACUGGUAUGGCUGUACGUGAAGAUUGCCAACUUUUACCUCGCCCCGUCUCGAGAGAUUUCGCGCUUGUGGAAGCAGGUGCUGGUUCGCAUCAACAGUCUCGCAGCAAUGGUUCCAAGUUCGGAUGCAGCUGGUGUCGUCUUCGUCGUGGUGCCCCGGUUGGUGUAUCUGCACGACUACCUGUCUCCGGGUCUCGUGGGGCUGGCAUUCACGUACGCUCUCAGUGUCGACGGUGGUCUCGCCCGGCUUGUGGACGCCUGGUCUUGGUUAGAGAUUCAAAUGGUGAGCCCCGAGCGCCUCAUCGAGUAUGGCUCGAUCCCCGCCGAAGGAAGCCAGCGGCCGCUUGUCAUCCAACCGGAUGCCUCCUGGCCUCGCUCGUCCACUAUCCAGUUCCAGGACGUCGUCUUCAGCUACAAGGACGACGGCCAACCCGUGCUCAAAGGCGUGUCCUUCGAAGUCCGCAACAGCGAAAAGAUCGGUAUCGUCGGACGUACUGGUGCAGGCAAGUCCAGCCUCACUACCAUGGCGCUCUUCCGUAUUAACGAGCUGGUGUCGGGCCGCAUCCUCAUCGAUGACGUGGACAUCUCGACCAUGCCGCUGCGAACGCUACGAUCACAUCUUUCCGUCAUCCCGCAGUCGCCCGUGCUGUUCAAGGGCUCACUGCGCGCCUACAUGGACCCAUUCGACGAAUUCACGGACGCCGACAUCUGGAAUGCGCUGGAGAAAGUGGACAUGAAGACGCAGGUGUCGGUGCUGGAGGGUCAGUUGGCGUACGAGUUGAGUGAGAACGGCGAAAACUUCAGCGCCACGGCCUCCAUCGACCAUGCGACGGAGAAGAAGCUUCAGGAGAUGAUCAAGCGCGAUUUCCAGGACGCGACGGUGUUGACGAUCGCCCAUCGACUGGGCACCGUGCUGGAUUCGGACCGCAUUAUGGUGCUGAGCGACGGUCGCUUGGUAGAGUUUGACAGUCCUCGCAACUUGGUGAAGGAUCGGAGUGGCGUGUUCUACGAGCUGGCCAAGGAGGGAGGCUACCUAGAGGAACUUCUCUAA